UUGGCCCAUUGAGGGAGGUAUAAAAGCAACGGUUUUGGGGCGGAAUAACCAUCAGUUCUGGGUUUUACUACAUAAUGCAGACAUUCCUGAUUUUGGCACUCUUUGCUGCAGCCGUUUCGGCUCUUCCCCUGGAGGAAUCUGAGCGCGUCCAUGGCGAGAACGGCUGGUACGUUCCCCAGGAGGAUGGCUCCUCCCAGUGGGUGGACAUGGACGUGGCCGAGCAGUGGAUGGAGGCCCAGGAGCAGCUGGAGAGCCGUGGCCUGACCACCGUUCCCGUCAAGUUCUACCUGUACACCUCUUCCAACCCCACCAAGGGCACCAAGAUCACCGCCACCACGAACUCCAUUGACAACUCCAACUACAACUCCUGGAACCCCACUCGCUUCGUGAUCCAUGGCUGGACGCAGAGCUACAGCGCCAGCAUGAACAAGGAAAUCACCAGUGCUUGGUUGUCCAAGGGAGACUACAACGUGAUCGUCGUCGACUGGGCUCGUGCUCGUUCCGUGGACUACGCCACCUCGGUGAUGGCUGUCAGUUCCACCGGAAAGAAGGUUGCCAACAUGAUCAACUUCCUGAAGGACAACUACGGCCUGAACCUGAACGACCUAUAUGUGAUUGGUCACAGCUUGGGCGCCCAUGUGGCUGGAUACGCUGGUAAGAACACCAACGGUCAGGUGCACACCAUUGUGGGUCUGGACCCCGCCCUGCCCCUCUUCAGCUGGAACAAGCCCAACAAGCGUCUGAAUUCCGGCGAUGCCUGGUAUGUGGAGUCCAUCCAGACCAACGGAGGAACCCUGGGAUUCCUGAAGCCCAUCGGCAAGGGAGCCUUCUACCCCAACGGCGGACAAAGCCAGCCCGGCUGCGGAUGGGACUUGACCGGUGCCUGCUCCCACGGACGCUCCACCACCUACUACGCGGAGGCCGUCUCCGAGGAUAACUUCGGAACCGUGAAGUGCGGCGACUACGAGGCUGCCGUCAACAAUCAGUGCGGAAGCACCUACAGCAGCGUUCGCAUGGGAGCCGACACCAAUGCCUACAUGGUCGAGGGUGACUACUAUGUGCCCGUGAACAGCAAUGCGCCUUUCGGCAUGAUUAACUAAAAGCAAUGGAAUAAAGUUAAGGUCAAUGGAA